UCCCCGCUCGGGAUGAAGGUGUUCCGCAGGAAGGCGCUGGUGCUGUGCGCGGGCUAUGCGCUGCUGCUGGUGCUCACCAUGCUCAACCUGCUGGACUACAAGUGGCACAAGGAGCCGCUGCAGCAGUGCAGCCCCGACGCGCCGCUGGGCGCCGCGGCGGGGGGUGGCUGGGGGCGUCCGGGACCCCCUCCGGCAGCGCCGCCCCGUGCACACACCCGCUUGGACCUGCACACCCCGAACCGCCAGCCCGCCAACGCCGGGGCGGCCGGGGCGGCCGUGGCCGCCGCCCCCCUGGGCAAUGGCAGCCGGGGCGCCGGGGGAAAGCGUCAGUUGGUCUAUGUGUUCACCACGUGGCGCUCGGGCUCGUCCUUCUUCGGCGAACUUUUCAACCAGAAUCCCGAGGUGUUCUUCCUUUACGAGCCAGUGUGGCACGUGUGGCAAAAGCUGUACCCGGGGGACGCCGUUUCCCUGCAGGGGGCGGCGCGGGACAUGCUGAGCGCUCUCUACCGCUGCGACCUCUCUGUUUUCCAGUUGUACAGCCCCGCGGGCAGCGGGGGGCGCAACCUGACCACGUUGGGCAUCUUUGGCGCGGCCACCAACAAGGUGGUGUGCUCCUCACCGCUCUGCCCCGCCUACCGCAAGGAAGUGGUGGGGCUCGUGGACGACCGGGUUUGCAAGAAGUGCCCACCGCAGCGCCUGGCCCGCUUCGAAGAGGAGUGCCGCAAAUACCGCACGCUGGUCAUCAAGGGUGUGCGGGUCUUUGAUGUAGCUGUAUUGGCGCCCCUGCUGCGAGACCCGGCCCUGGACCUCAAGGUCAUCCACCUGGUGCGAGAUCCCCGCGCCGUGGCCAGCUCGCGCAUCCGCUCACGCCACGGCCUCAUCCGGGAAAGCUUGCAAGUGGUGCGGAGCCGGGACCCGCGUGCCCACCGCAUGCCCUUCCUGGAGGCUGCCGGCCACAAGCUGGGAGCCAAAAAGGAAGGCAUGGGCGGUCCAGCGGACUACCAUGCACUCGGCGCCAUGGAGGUCAUCUGUAACAGCAUGGCCAAGACGCUACAGACGGCCCUGCAGCCCCCUGACUGGCUGCAGGGCCACUACCUCGUGGUACGGUACGAGGACCUGGUGGGAGACCCUGUCAAGACCCUGAGGAGGGUAUAUGACUUCGUGGGGCUGCUGGUGAGUGCCGAGAUGGAGCAGUUUGCGCUGAACAUGACCAGUGGCUCGGGCUCUUCCUCUAAGCCCUUCGUGGUGUCAGCCCGCAACGCCACGCAGGCUGCCAAUGCCUGGAGGACCGCCCUCACCUUCCAGCAGAUCAAACAGGUGGAGGAGUUUUGCUCUCAACCUAUGGCGGUUCUGGGCUAUGAGCAGGUCAACAGCCCCGAAGAGGUCAAAGACCUCAGCAGGAGCCUGCUCAGGAAUCCCCGGCUGUGAGGGGGCUUCUGGGGUGCUCCGACUGCUUGUGCAGACACCGACAGGAUUGUGGUGUGUUUAAGCAAACUGAGGAAGCCCACAUAUUCCAUUACAGAUAUAUAAUAUAAAUAACCCCACAGGUAUUUGCUGUCAGUGUUUUGAGUCAUUGGAUUUCAAGAAACAGCCACAACACACACAUCUCAGAAAAGGCAAGACUUGAAAGUUCUGACCAGCUGCCCCUCCUCCCCUCUCCUGGUGGUUCUCCCGUCCCCUGCCUCCACCACUUGCCUUCCCUUCGGAAGUGGGAUGUUGAUGAUAUCAAGUUCAGUAGCCCCAAUCGUUGUUUACAAACUUCGUGGUAUCUGUGAACAUGUAAAAGAAUAAUUUGGGUGUUGGGGGUGGGGUAGAGAAAAGGGAAGUGGUUCGGGAGCAAAAAGACCCCCAGUGGGCAUGAUCAACCAAGGAGGCAUUCAUUUAGACUUUUGUGUAAAAAGCAAAGGUUACAUGUGAGUGUUAAUAAAGAUAAUAAAUAAUGUUCUUUUUA